CCCCCCCCCCCCCCCUCCCCCUCCUCGCCCACAUAUACACACCACCACCCGCCGUGGCGCGCCCUCGACCUUUGUCUUUCCCCCCCUCUUGCUCUGCUUCACGCGCCCCUACCCAGGACCAAACAGCCGCCACACUGAUGGAGGGAGAACACGCGCCGCUGGUGGUCCCCCUCGGGCUCAAGGUGGAAGAUGGCCAGCCUGUGGCGGCCACAACGCCGGCAGCCGAAGCCGCUGCCGGCCAAGAGUCGCCCGCUAGAGCCUCUCCAAUGGGCAGCCCGGCGCCCGGGCCCCCGGUCCCCGGGUCCCCUUCGGGGUCCUCCUCGCCGAGCGAGCAGUACCGGUGCUUGAUUUGCAACAAGUACCUGUCCAAUGACCAGAAAUUGGUUCAUCACUAUCACCAUGAGCGGUUCACGGUGGCCAAUGCCCUGCGCGAAACCCUCUCCGCCCCGGACAACAAUGCCCUGACCCCGCCUCCAGCUGCCGCUGACCCGCCGCGACGCCGGCUGCGGUCCAGCUUCGUGUCCAGUAACCCCUCGUCAGAAGCCGCGCCGGCCGUGCAAUCGCCCCUCAGUGAGGCGGAACUCGCCUCACGGGCACACCUUGCCGGGAAGGUCCUGUCCAAUGUGCGCACCCGGCGUGCCCAGCGCAAUGCCGCCCUUGGUCUUGAGGGGGGCGCCUUCCCGGCCAUCUGCCCCGAGGUGUUGGCCCUGCAACAGCACCAGCCAGCUUCAGGCGCCGAGCCCACGCCGAAGCGCCGUCGGGCCCCUGUCCACAACUCUACCGCGUCUUCUCCAUCCUCUCGCUCCGGGGGUGGGGUUUUGUCAGGAUCCUCGGCUCCGGCGACCCCCUCUCCGGUCAGGCCCGAGCCAGUCCCCACUGGGGAUGCAGCCCGCCGGCGCGGUGCCUCGGCGGCCUCAUCCGCCACCAUCACCUAUGAGUCGGAGUUCCUGACGACGGCCGUGCGACAUUGCCCCUCUUGCAAUCAGCCCUUCCCCCCUGAGGCCACCUCCUUCACCAUCAACGACCAUAUUGACAUCUGUCUGGAGACAUUUGCCGCGGUCGAGGCCGCGAGUGCCGCCGCGGCCGACGCCGCGCCCCCUGCCCCGACCGGCGAUCCCGCGAGCGAGAUGGCCACCGAGUCCCCGCCUAGCCCGCUGUCACCCUCCUCCUCGAUGGAUGUGGUGCAUAUUGUCCUCCCCUCUGAUCGGGGACAGCAGCCACGCUUCUUCGAGCGCAUGCUCCCUCCGGUCACCACCCUGCAGACUCCCUCCGCGGCCCGUGGGCAGGAAGGCUCCACCCGGUCCUCGGCCUCUGCCGCCUCAGAUUGCGAAUCAGAUGUGGACAUCUCGCUGGAUGACACGAGUGCCAGUCCAUAUGGACCAUCGCAGUACUCGCAGAUGGACCUGGUGGCAGCGCGAGCCGCCAUGCGCGGGCCAUCGGCGAGGGCCGGCCCUGCGGGCACGUCUCAACGUCGCGGGUCUCUCCUGGCUGCCAUGGAUCCGACGGUCUCCUCGAUUUUGAGUGACCUGGGCGGGGUGAUCAACGAUGAUACCUUCUUGGAUGCGGUUGUGGCGAGCUCCGCCGUGCCAGCGGUGGCUACCACCCCCGGCCGCCGUUCUGCCGAUGAGUCGACCGAUAAUUUGGCCGAUCAGGCGGCCCUCGCUGCCGCGGCUGAGGAUGCCCGUCGGGUGGGGAUCAUCAGCUCGGAUCGAGUCCUGGAAGCGGCGGUUCGGGCCAGUCGAACGGACCCCCCGCCUGCUGGGCCGCUUGGCCCUGCCCGAUCGGCGCUGGACCUGCUCAGCGUCCCGGCUUCCGGGGGGCCGGCCCCGGCGGACUUGGAUCCGACCCGUCUGUUGGCAGUGGUCGCGCAUUUGAAACGCCAUAUUGCGGAUCUGGCUGCGGCCGGGCACAGUAUGCGCCAUGCUGCCGCCCAGGUGACCGGAUCGAGUGCCCAGGUGUGUGUAUGUGUGUCCGCAAUGGUUUGUGCAUUUGUGUGGUGUCAUCGCAUUCUCCUUACACGAUCUAUGGUGUAUUUUCCCCAAUCCAGCCCCAGGACCAGGGUGCUUGCUGCCUGAUUUGCCUGUGUGCCUUCGACCGGCCCCUGGUAUCAAUCGUAUGCUGGCAUAUCCAUUGCGAAGGGUGCUGGAUGAAUGCCCUGGGCCAGAAGCGCCUGUGUCCCCAGUGCUCGGUGAUCACCGCCGCGACCGACCUACGACGGGUGUACAUCUGAGGGCCCUUUCUCCCUCAUCCUCCCCUCGGCUCUCCCGUCCCAAUCCCCAGGUGUUGAGCCGUCCUUUGCGCCCCUCUUGUGGUGGUGCUGCUGAUGACGGCUCUCCGACUGCCCACCCACAACCCACUUCACAUUAUACCACGCAGCCAUGGCUGGGAAAAAACAGCACAAC